CUAGCACCAUAUGUUGUCUUUAUUUAGGUAUAAUAAGCUACGGUUAAGCUGUGUUAGUGUUUAUAACAUAUUUUUGUUAAUCAUGUUUAAAGUAAUUAAUAGUUGUACAAGAUUGGCAAGCUAUGCAAACAAAUAUACCAACAAAGCUAAAGUUUUUUAUAACUUCAAAUGCUUGGCCAGCUUUACCAAACGAGAUUAUUCAAGCUCAUUGGAUAUGUCUAUCGGAUUGUCUGAUGAAGUCAAGGAAUUUCAGUUGCUUGCACUCGACUUUGCGAAAAAAGAACUUGAACCAAACAUGCAGAAAUGGGAUGAACAGGGUCAUUUUCCGGUAGACGUCAUUAAAAGAAGCGCCAAUUUGGGUUUUGGUGGGUUGUAUUGUGAUGAAAAGUAUGGAGGAACUGGUUUAUCUCGUUUGGCUACGAGUGUUAUAUUUGAAGCACUAUCGACUGGAUGUGUCAGCACUACAGCAUAUAUCAGCAUUCAUAAUAUGGUCGCUUGGAUGGUGGAUUCAUUUGGAAAUGAAAAACAGAAGAAUAAAUGGCUGCCUUCCCUUACUGCAAUGGAAAAGUUAUCAUCGUAUUGUUUAACAGAACCAGGCAGUGGUAGUGAUGCAGCUGCUUUGAUCACAAGUGCAAAGCAAGAUGGUGAUAACUACAUUUUAAAUGGAUCCAAGUCCUUUAUCAGUGGUGCAACUGUGAGUGAUGUAUAUCUGGUUAUGGUAAGGACAGGGAAGGAAGGACCAAAGGGAAUUUCAACACUACUUGUGGAGAAAAAUACGCCUGGCUUAACUUUUGGCAAGUCUGAAGUUAAGCUAGGGUGGAAAAGUCAACCCACAGGAAUUGUUAAUUUUGAAGAUUGUGUUGUACCAGUAGAAAAUCGGAUUGGUCCAGCAGGAAGUGGAUUUAAUAUCGCAAUGAAAGGUCUUAAUGGUGGAAGAAUUAAUAUAUCAUCCACCUCUCUUGGAGGAGCACAGAAAUCUUUUGAACAUGCCAGAGAUCAUUUGUCUGUCAGAAAAGCAUUUGGAAAAGAACUUCUUCAUAAUCAGUACCUUCAGUAUCGUAUGGCAGAGAUGGCAACUAAAAUAACAUCGUCACGAUUUUUAGUUCGUCAAGCAGCGCAAGCAAUGGAUGAGAAACAUCCAAAUGCUCCAGCACUUUGUGCUAUGGCUAAAUUACACGCAACAGAUAACUGUUUUGAUGUUUGUAAUUCUGCUUUACAAAUGUUUGGAGGAUAUGGUUACUUAUGUGAAUAUCCUGUGCAACAAUUCGUCCGAGAUGUCCGAGUAAACCAAAUACUAGAAGGCACCAAUGAAAUCAUGAGGCUUGUCAUUGCAAGAGAUACUUUAUACUAAAUUCUUAAUAAAACUAUAACUGCCAAAUUGUAUACACAUCAGUUUCACUGUGCAAUUGUUAAGAGGCAAAAGACAUGUUCGUACAUUAUAUAUUUAUUAGAAAUACUUUUUCUUAUUCUUUGCAUAAUAAUGAACAGUCAGUACAUUGUAUAUUAUGUAAAUCUCCGAGUAUGCCAGAAUUGUUAAGGACAUUUUUGGGCUUUUAGUUUGUCUUUUAUGCACACUUUUCUUUAUAAAUAAAAAUUCUGAUAUGCUUGCCAUACAAGUCAGGAAUGACACAAAUACAACCUAAUUCUGCAAAUUUAUUUCAAUACAAAGAAUGCAACAUGAUUUAAAAGUGAAAUAAAACAGCAUCGCAGAAUA